UUCUUCUCAUCGCUACGGGGGAAACGUUAAGUCAUUUUCAGUCAAAUUUGACUAACAGUUUCCAUACAAAUAGAUCUUUCUCAGGGUUUGAGGGUCAAGAUUAUAUGAGGAACGAGACUCACCGUGCCUUCUAGAGGUCCACCCGCAAACUCUCCUAUUCAUCCCUUCUUCACGGUGUGUUGGCCUCAGGAUGACGUUGCCGCUCCGAGUUAAGCCUCACCGUCGCCUCGACCCUGGUGCAUUGCCACCGCCAUCGAGCUUCGUGCAGGUUGCGGGGCUCGAUAAUUGUCUUCAAACUUCGCAUUCACGCGUAUCCACCUUCCACUCGUUACUUCUGGAUAUGCAACUAUAUAGUUCCUCUAUUAAAAUGGUCAAGCAGGCCGGGCUUGAUGGAAUGAUCUCUUGUCCAGUCUUCGGAUAUCAUGACAAGGUCGAAGGAAAAGUUUUCCUAGAUCCGAACUGCUCACAAAACGGUCGGCUAAACAUAUCGAUUGAAGGCGUGUUUGAGUUUGUUUCUGUAAAGGAGGAUCUAGACGACGAAUCUGCCCAGGGACCUAAAACUUCCAAAUACAAACACGUAUUCCUAUCGUCCUCUACCGUUAUUCCUAUUUCACCUAUCCCUGACCCGUUUUCCGACGUGUUUGAGGCACUGCAACUUCCCAGCGACUGGAGUUUGGAUGGCCUUGCGUCUAGAUCAUACGAAUUUAGCUUCGAAAUUCCUCGCGGAAGUCGACCAGGUGAAGAUAUGCCUCCUACCUUCUGUGCUUCAAUGCCUUGCGAUAAUAGGCGAGGAGAACUGUCUGUUGUGGAGAAGGCUGAAGUGUCGUAUCGCAUCAUUGCAGUGUGGGAGCCCUCAGAUAUUUCGGAGACUAGUGGGAUGCUGGAAGUUCCCAUUCUUUUCCAUCCGGACACAGACUCUCAUUCUAUAGAGAAAUACAAUAUCACGCCUGAAUUAUGGCUCGAAAUCCCUCUUACACCAGAGCGAUCUGUCCCGUUCCAUUGCGCGGUCACUCUGCCACGCUCGCAAACGUUUUCUCGAUGUUCCUCUGUCCCGUAUUUUGUUGUAUUCACAACAAAACCUCGAUGCGCCACACUUGCCCGAGAAAUCGCCGCCGAUGCCACCAUUGCUGUUUCCCUCAUCCGUAAAGUUACCAUAAACCCACAGCUAACCCCUACUUCCCCUGACACCACACAACAAAUUGAUGAUCCAGACAGUCCAUCUGGUCCUUUUCAGACGUCACGGGCUAAACUACUACACCGCGCAGCAAAGAUGAUUGCAACUGCAAGAGUUCGUGUACCAAGCCCUGAAGAGCCUUUCUCAACUGCUGUCCGGCACAAACCACUCCCUGCAUUACCACAAGCUUCCUUCUCAGAAACUCAUACUAUAACAACACAAGUGUCUGUUGGAUUUCCAAAGCGGCCUCGUCAUCCUAGUGAUCCCGAUGGUUCUCAAUGCCAGGCGUAUCUGCCCGAUGGCCUUUAUAAGGGCAAAUUCCGGUUGUCAAAGGAUAUGAUACCAGGAGUCGAUUGGCCUGGUGUUAGCGUUCAGUAUUAUUUGGACGUCACUGUUCUCUUUCGGCAGGACGCGUUAAGGGGUUGCGUUCCCAUUCAAGUUUUCUAAGCAUCCAACUAGCAAGCCACUCACUAUCUAGGACUCUUUUCGUCGCUGUG